ACUCCUACUCCUACUACCACUACUACUCCUACUACCACUACUACUCCUACUACCACUACUACUCUCACUACUGCUCUGAGAAUGAUUGACUGUAACAUAUCUGCACCCUCUACGUGUAUGCUUAUUAGCACUCUCAUUCGGCCUUCACUCUUGGUCAUGAGUCUUCCAAAAGGCCGGACACUUUGGCAUAAGGGGUUCAAGAUUUUGUUGUGUCCUCUCUCAAUGGUUGCAGCCAUCAUCGCCUUUAUUAUUUUGCUGCUAUGGGAGCCCACACAAAUAACUCUCAUGGCUCUUGUGGGUGUGGCAAUGAUCCUGAGCUUGGGACAAACCAUUAUUGUUUUUCUACCCUUUGGGCCCAGCCAUGAACUGAGGUCCAUCUGUGAUUUGGUUCUCAGAGUGAUUGCCUUCACAACUGAGGUUUUUACCAUGGCGGCCAUAUUUGUGGGUUUGGUGGAAAUUGAGAAGUGCUGCUCGAUACACUGGCGCAUGAAAGUGAUGGGAGGGUAUGCAGCCUGGGUGGCUCUGUUCUACUUGAUGUUCAUAUACCUCUAUUGCAACCAGAGUUACCAGAGGAAAAGAAAUUCAGGUACUGAUGACAAAUGGAUUGUGCCAAACAGAACGAUAUCCUUUGAAAAAAUCCUCAAAGUUAUCCUCGUUCUGGGCAACCUGGGUUUUACAGUGGCUCUUAUCAUUGGAAUAUAUACUUAUGAGACAUGAAGGCGGUGUAAAGCAAGAGGUUUGCAUCAUUGCAUUGAAACAUGGAUGGGCGUGUUAUUCACUUGGUAACAUACUGUAUGUCACACAUGCACUUUAAGACUUGUUUAUCAUGGGUUUGGGUUACAAUACACGUUAAUACUGUAUCAUGAAUACUUAUAGAUGUUUUACUAUAGCUAGGUUUCCAUCCAAUUGGCGACCGAUUUUCUUAUAGCAAAGGGUCUGA